AGGCAUCACCAAAACGCUCGCUGCUAAUUAACCUUGGACCAGAAGGAAUCUCAUCCGCCCAGCCAUCCCGUCUGUGUUCCUGCAGAUGCGGAGCACGCACGUACAUAAUAGUAGUACAUAGUAGUGUAGGUUCAACAAAAUGCCAGCACGCACGUGAUGUCAUGCAUGCAGAUUUCAUCCCAUUGUCCAGGGUUCCGUCGUGCUCCAGAAGCAGAUCCAUCUCGCCUCGUCCUUAAAAAGUCCGCAAGCAGGUCAAACAUGAACGAUCCCUUCUCCAUCCACGGGGAGGAUCCAGCGUUCGCCUUGUUCAGCAUUCCUACCUCCAUACAAGCAGGGCACAUAGAGUUUAUAUGUCAGUCAACACUCAUGCCUUAUAGUGGGGAGGAGGCGGGCCAAAGCAACCAUGCACAUCUGCUCUGCCAGCCGUGUAUCUACUCGUCAGGUAGUUUGCGAGUAAGGUCAGCGCAGGGAGAUGGGGGACGGGAUUCCCGGAAAUGGGUAGACAAAAUCCCAGCGGUAGGCAGCCAACAGGACAUGAUCCGCGAACUCUCCCAGACUCUUGAUGAAAGCGGACCUGGACGGCGAUCGCUGCGCGCCUUUAGGCCCGUGAAUGUCAGAGCUCCUUUCAACCCCAUUCACGGUGGAACUGCGCAGAUCCCGCAUCCUCACUGAUUUGUAUGACGCUCCACGAACAGGUCGGCGUAGAAACAAAGAGCAUAUAUUGUGAGUCCGUAAAUCAUCAUUGUUGAUGUGCUGGAGAAAAGCCCCCAGUGCAGUCU